CGACCAUCUCUCUCUAUAUAUAGAAAGCCCCAGAUUUUUCUCCUCUCCUCCUCCUCGCCUCAUUCCAUUUCAUCCCCUCCUCUCUCUCUCAAAACCCUAAUUCCCCGACCCGAGCAAGCCCUAGGUCGCCGCCGCGCCGCGAGGUUGGAGGAGUUGGAUUUGGGUCUGAUUUGAUUCGGAUUGGGCGUGGUGGAGAUGGCGGAGAAGGAGGUCGGGAGGAUCUUCGUGGGCGGGCUGUCGUGGGACACCACGGAGCGCACGCUCGAGCGCGCCUUCAGCGAGUACGGCAAGGUCAUCGAGACGCAGGUCGUAUUGGAAAGAGACACAGGCCGCUCCCGUGGAUUUGGGUUUGUUACAUUCUCAGAACCUCGGGCUGUGGAUGCUGCAAUUCGGGGAAUGCAUAAUGGAGAACUAGAUGGCAGAACCAUUUCUGUGAACAAGGCUCAACCUAGGAUGAACACUGAUGAUGGCUAUGGCUAUGGUGGUGGUGGUGGUGGUGGUGGUACUUACUCAUCUGGUGCUAGAGGUGGAUAUCGUGGUGGAGGUGAUGCAGUUCCCUCUGCAAAUGAUGACUGCUUCAAAUGUGGCCGUGCGGGACAUUGGGCUCGUGAAUGUCCUUAUUCCAGUGGAGGUGGGGGUGGUAGAACUGGAAGGUACUCACCCCCUUCCAGAUAUGGCAGUGGAACUGGUGGUGGACGUGGUGACCGCUUUGGAGGAUCAGACCGUUUUGCUAACCGCUAUGUUGAUGACCGAUAUGAUGGUGGGCGCUAUGUUGAUGAUCGCUAUGGUGGUGGUGGACGUGAUCGAUAUGCCACUGAUCGCUAUCCACCAACUGCCGAUCGUUUUACAGGUGACAGAUAUGGUGGUUCUGAUCGUUAUGCAUCAAGUGGAUUUACCAGGGAAAGAAGCUAUGAAAGAGAUGGAGGACGGUCCGGUGGAAGUUACUAUCGUGAUGAACCUAGAGGCUCUGGUGGUUAUGACAGAGGUGGCAUGCGCAUGGGGAGUGGUGACAGAUACGGGACCGGUGGACCUGCUCGCUUUGCUGGGAGUUACAGAGAUAGGCCUGCCCCAUAUGAUCGUCCCAGCCGGGCAGCAGCACGCACUUAUGAUGACCGCUACUGAUGGAGGUUACUUCGGAGCAUUGCAGAAGACCAGAAUUACAAAUAUAUGUUCCAGUUCGCAGUUCCUACUUUAUUUGCCUUCCUGUAUUAGUACAUCGACUCUUUGAGUGUUGUUCUUCCAUGCAGUUUGUUUAAUUACUAGUGAGACAAUAAGGCAGUUCUUGAAUUGUUAGUAUGUUGGCACAUUAAGCUCCAGGCAGUGGGUGAUUCUGAUUCCCUGUUAUCGUGGUACUGUGUAAUUACCCUCCAGUGUAAUAAUCGUGUUCCGAGUGUGCUGUCUUAUAUAAUUUUAUUCUGGAUAGCAUUGAAGAUUACUGUGACACAUGUGGUUUCUGGAA